AUGAAUCGGACGUUCAUUGUCCGCUAUCUGCGUGUUCCACCUCUCUUGUUUACAACAGAGACGCCCAAUUUGCUCGGAGACUUUUUAUCUGGUGUUCUCUUUUUUCUGCACGCCGAACAAAGAGCUGAUAUGACAGGUUCGUACGGCCGCGGCGGUAUCUGUGGCGGCUGGCGGGGCACCACCAAAAACGAAUAUCGAGUCAUCGAGCAAUCGACUAAAAACAAGGAGCGCGCCCGGCCGAGGCGCUGGACCGUGACAAUUGCAUCUGCACUCGAAUUGCAGACGCCAUGUUGGAUUAUUGAGAGUCUAUUACGAUGA